AUGGGGGCGGACCCCCAAAACUCCGUCUUUGAGGGUUAUAUAGGGGGACUACCGGAUGAAUACCAACGACUGCAUGAGUGUAGCAGGACCCAGAUCACUCCCCAAGGAAAAUGCGACCUAUUUGGCGAUAGAAUUCAGAUGAUUAAAUCAUUGAAAGCGAUUAAGAGCCAGGAAGACGCCCCUCUGAAGGAGUACCAAGUCACAAAUAUAUAUAAGCUGAGUAAUCAGAUAUGUCGGGACCUAGAAGCCUGGAUCAGUACCAGGAAAAUAUCUAACGUGGGGGGCAGAACACUAUUGACUGGGGGUUGCUCAUACACUCAGUACACAAAUAAGGAGAAGGGAAGCGGAGAUGUCCCAUGUAGCCCUAGGAACGAUCUAUUGAAAUGGGCAAACCUGACAGCGGAAAGAGUAACCCAGAGGACCAAUAGAGAUCAUAGAUCCUUACGGCUAUGUAUGGAACUAGUAACAAUAAUGAUGAUACAACUGGAGUUAACGGAUACCUCCAAAAGCGUAAACCUUCAGAUGGCAAUAGAAAAAAACUACUGUCAAGGAGUCUUUCAGGCAUUAAGGCAGUGGGGCAAUGAAAAGAUUGCACGCAAAAUUAUGAACCAGUGGUUUACCUUCCAAGACAGGGAACAGGAGCAGAACCCGCAGUAUGAGAUAGGGGGGCAGGAUCUCUUUGAGGCACUAAGUGCUUCAAAUAAAACCAGGGGUGUCGGCAAUAAAGAUUUAAAUUGUAAAUGGAAAUCUAGGCAAGCCACGGGGGGGAUGCCAAUAGAAGAGCAAUUAACAACCGUGAAAUCCCUAGAUACUACUAUAAAUUCUGUCCCUAUCGGAAAACAAACACAGGAACAGGGGGAUGCUGAAAAAUCCCAAACAGAUGGCCCCCCCGGGACACGUGAUGGGGUAUUGAGCAACUAUUUGAGCGAAAAACCGGAGUCUCAAUCCAAAGCUCCUGGCCCUGGCGGAGGGGGAGCGCAAUCCUCCCCAUCUGUGAAGAUCGGUGCGUCUGAUGACGUCGCUACCCUACACGAGAUGUCAGGGGGCGCAGGAGACGGCCAGAUCGGGGAGCUAAUCGGGGGAGUAAUUGCGUCUAUCUUGGGCGGGUUAGGAGCUUAUGGUGUCUGGAGAAUUUUCCGGGGACGACGUCAGGGAGGAACGGGUUGGCGACGCGGCGGUCCCGGAGUUAAAGUUGUUUCGUAUGGGCAGAUGAGGGAAUGA